AUUUAAAGGAAGGUGCACUGUGACCAGGAUGUUAGGGAGCAUGAUGGCCAGUGUCACCUGGGGAGGGGUGGCUCUUGUCAGCUGUUAGAUCUGGUCAAUGCUGGGUAGAUAAUGCAGCCUCUUGUCUACCUACAGCACCUCUGGAUCUGAGCACUGGCAACAACCUGGGGGAGCCACAGCUCAGUAGGGAAACAAUGCAAAGGGGAGGUGGGAUGUGACCAGGUCCUGUUGUAGGGGCCACAGGGACUGGGUGAAAUCUGGAUUUGGAGCUUCCCAGGCUUCGUAUGCCUGGUGUCCCAAGGCCUACAGUCUGGGCUUCAUGUUCAUCGUGGCCUGUUCCUGCUGCUUCCACUCCCUGGAUGCCCUGCUUGCUCCUGAGGAACCUUUCUUAGGGACUUCAUCCUCUCUCCAGAGCCUCUCCCUACAUGACAACAAGUACCCAUAAGGACUGUGUACUUGGGGUGCCAGGCUCACCUCUCAACCCUGGUACGUCCACACAGCUUUCCAGCUGCCUGUAUUUCUUGGUUCCAGCAGGGUUGUCUGUUCUUUGGACAUGUGAUUGCCCAAAGGCCAUGUGUACCCAGGAUCCCCCAGCCCUCCCCAUGGUUCUGCUGCCUCCUUCCAGAGGGCUCAGGGUCCCUGAAAGGUCCUUGCCAGCCCUGGAGCCUCGGCUUAUGGCUCUCCCUCAACCGCCCUCUCCAGAUGGGCACUGAAGCCCCUGGGUCUGGACCCCCUUCCUUCCUGCCACUAGCUCCAUUUCCCACAAGGCAGGAUUAUGUCUUCAUCUCCUGGGCCCUGUAAUAGGGUAAAGAGUUCAACUCAUCUGACCUCUUGCUGGGUAGUAUCUCCUUCCCUUUGUGACCAGUGUUUGAUCCAAUAUUUGCGGAAUGGAAAGGAGGCUUGAGGAGCUCGCCUUCUCUUCGGGGCAGAGCUGGGCAGGGAGGGGUCUCUUGGUCUAGUUUGCCUGGGGUUGAGGCCUGGCCUUGCAGCCGUCUUCCUUUGAGAGGACUCCUGUUAGUGGACAUUCCCCUGGGCAUAGCCACCUGUGGACUUACAUGCCUCAGGUGUCAAGAAGCCCUGGGCGCUGGGGUUGGUUCCCCUUUAGAGUGGGAGAAGUUGCUCCCUGGGCACGUGCAGUCAGUGACUCUCUCCAACCUCAGGACCACUGGGGACUCCUGGUGGAGGGGUGGGUGGCUCCUAGGGUUGGUGCACCGUCUGUUGGCCUGGUCUAUCUGUUGACCCGGACCUCAUUUAGCACGAGCCUGGGCUCAAAGUGACCGCCGGCGGGAAGGGUACUGCACUCUCACAAAAGACAAGCCCUAGCCAGCUCAGCUUCCCUGCUGCAGAGGGAUGAGGACCCAUGCAGUUUCUUCCCUAGGAUGGGUAGGCUGGACUGUGUUCUCCUCCUGCUUCGCCAGCCUGUCUGCCACGAGCCCCUCCACCCCCGCUCCCCGCAGCACCCCGCCCCUUGCAGAUAUAAGGCACGGCAGUUCCAAGUCCUGACGCCCCCAUCCAUACCCGGUCCUCAUGGCCCAGCCCACAACGCUGGCGGCCGCCCUGGCGCUGUGCCUGUUGCUGGUGCCGCCCGGUUGUGCAUGGUACAAGCAGGCGGCCGUGCCCAGCUACUACUCGGUGGGCCGUGCCGCGGGGCUGCUAUCCGGCUUCCGCAGGUCCCCGUACGCGCGGCGCUCCGAGUCCCCCGUCGGACAGGGAGCCCCGGAGCUACACCCCGGCUUGCGGAAUUUUGCCGUGUGUGUGAAGGACAUCACCCCGAACCUGCGGAGCUGUGUGCCACUCCCGGACAGCCGCGGUACCUUCCAGUGCCAGGCAGAUGUCUUUUUGUCGCUACACGCAGCGACUGCUUCGAGGCCUGAACCUCAACCUGAUACCCAGAUAUCACCUGGCACCCACCCCUGACGUCACUGUCCAGCUUUUCUUGGGGCACAAAAUGGGCCCUGACAUUCUGCUACAUCAUCCCACCUUCAGGAAAUGGGUAAAUGAAUAAAGAAGUAAAGCCAGUCCCGGAGUGAGAUUGCUGGGAGGGGUGGCAGGGGAGCCAGCCAGAAGACAAGGGACCAACUAGGGUGUGCCAGAACACCAGACCCAGGAAGAAAGAUGGGCACAACCCUGGGCCCAAAAUGGGAAGACUGUCUUCCCACCCCUGCCUGGGUGGGGCUCUGCCAGUCCUUUCAUCACUCAGGGCCAUGAACAGGCAGGUUCCUAGGGGCUCUCAGGUCUCAGAGCCAUAUUCUUGGGAGCUGCUUUUAGGGCCCAGGCUAGAGCUUCCAGCUGUCUCUCCCUUGCCCCCACCCCUCCCAUCAGGCUGAGUACAAGGUAUGGCGGGAAGGGAAGACUUUGAAGCCAGGAGCAUGUCUGCAGGUGGGUUCUUAACUGCCUGGGUAGACAUGUUCCUGAAGCAAUGAGCUGGGUCCUGGGCUCCACCUGCUGUUGAGGGGACAGUCCCCAGCCCCAUCUCCUGGGCCCAGGCAUCAGCACACCCAGGGCCAGCUCUGACUUCUCCCUGUGGCCAGGUGCUCCCUAUGCUCUCACAGAAGUCUACAGGGGAACCCCCAGCCCAGAGGUCUGAGGGUGGGAGUGUUGGCACUAUCCCACUCCUGAAGGUCGGGCCUAGCAGGGCUAGGACUGGGAGAGCAGGCCCUGCACUAGACUGUUGACGUUGAGGCUGACGUCAAGGUAGCCAAAAUGAAAGGUAAGAAAAUGACAGGCCCAUGGGGUACCAGCCCCACAAGAAGCAGCAGCUUUAAGGUAGAAGCCUUUCUGAAGGGAAGGGGAAGUGGGCUGCAAAAAGUCACUGUCACAGUCCUCACUGUGAAUGUACUAAGACCAAUCCACUGCCUCCCCAGACACCAAGAAGCUGCCAUGGGAGCCCCUGUUCCCGGGAGCUCCAAGAGGGCCCUGACUUGGAUGUAAAAGAUGGAGAAUCUGUGGCUCCAUGGAGGCACUGCAGGGCUGAGCCCCUCAUCUGCCACCUGGGCUGCACCCCCUCCCUCUUCUAAUGUGCCCUGCUAUUG